AUGUUGGCUUUCCGUGUGGCCGUGACUGUUGCCGCCGUGGGUAUGGCCAUCAAUCGUGUGGUCACUCUUUUCUUUCUUUCUUUCCAUACAAGCAAGAAGGAGGACAUGCUAUUAAAAUCAACGACGUUCAAAGUGAGAUCUUUGCGUGCAGUGAGGGAUUAUGACGCUCACCUGCCCUGUGGACUUGGAAAGAUAUUUUUGGAUGGACCAGAUGCCUACGUGUUGUGGCUAAAAGAUGACGAGAAAUUCCUAUAUCGGUUCCCCAAUGAGGAUACAUGGCAAAAAAGCUUAAAUCCUAAUAAUAUAUACGGAACUUCAUGUGUCGGAAAUCAUUGUUACGAUGAUACUUCUCUCUUUCUACCUCAAGUAACCGAUAAAGACGCAGGAAAAUACAGAUGUAGAGUCCACUAUCAAGGAUCUUCCUCGGUGGAUUAUGUUAUCGAUUUGAAAAUUGUUGAUCCUACUGGUAUACCGAGGAUAUAUAAUGAAAAAAGCGAACAAAUCACCACUCCGUAUGUGGGCCCCCUGACACUAGGCAGUAAUAUUACAUUGGUGUGUGAAGUUGUUGUCAGUACGGUGUCGACCGAAACUCCGGGCAUCCUCAGGGAACAUGUGGUGAUCAUGGAGGCGCGUAGGGACGAACUAGAUGCUCACUACCAAUGCAGCGCCUCCAAUGCUGAUGUCACUGAACCCUUCACAGCCACUGUAGUUGUUAAAAUGUAUUUGCCUCCACUUAAGGUUGAAAUACGUUUAAACAAUAACUUUGACUUCGAAGUUGGCCAACCCAGAGUUGUAGAUUGUGUGGUCAUUGGUUGCGUACCAACUCCGACCAUCAAUUGGUAUCUGGGAGGCACAUUGGUCAAAUCAACCGCUCAUAAGGAGUUACACGAUGGCAACUAUACGGUUUCGUCGUUGACGUUAACAGCUUCCAUACAUGACAAUAUGCGUCAAUUAUCAUGUAGAGUACACAAUGCUUAUCUGCCAACCAUUUACGAAGACAAUGUCACAUUACAUGUAGGCUAUCGUCCACGGUGUUUGUUCACAAAACAACAAACUGUUGGUAUCGUGAAUGGUGAAGCGGAGACGAUCAUGUGCCUUGUGGAAAGUGCGCCCGCGCCAGUUCAAUUCAGUUGGGUAUUCCCCGAUUCUAGAAUAUUGUACACUAGCGCAACAAGAGUGAAAGGAAGAAAGAAUCAAUUUUGUUCAACUCUCACUUGGAUACCACAAAACGAGGACUUAGGCUUACUAUAUUGCCGAGCGGUAAACAUGUAUGGCGAACAGCGAUUACCGUGUGCUUACACCCUUACACCCGGGGGAACACCGCAACCUCCAAACUGCGACCUCAAGGAAUCUGAUGAUAAAAAGAAUAUUGUCUGUCAGAAAGCUCCCGUUCUUAACUCGAAAUCUGGCUUCUCCUGGGGAUUCCUCGUGUUCGUGACCUCCUCCGCCGCUGCCGUGCUCGCUGCCUGCAUUGGAUUCUGUCUGUGUUGCAGACUUCUUUGGCGGAAGCCAGGAAGUUCUGUAGAAGCAGACAGACAGCGGCAGGAGGGUAAUUAA